AGACCGAAUUCUGUUUACAUCAUUUAUAAACAGUAUGUUGACAACUCGUCAAACGUAAAUUCAAUUUAAAACAAAAUACCAAAAUGUCAUCUGAGGAAAAAAUAUUAAAACUUAUAAAUUUCGAAGCAACACCAGAGACAAAAGCAGAGGCGAUAAAUUAUUUGCAAUCCUUGAGAAGAUUUAAAAAAGAAGUUCUAAAAAAGAACUCGUCUCAACUCGAAAAUGAAUUCAACAAUUUGGAACAGGAAACAAUUCAACUCGCUUACGGAAACUAUGCAACGUUUAUAAAAACGGCAGAAAGCUCCCGGCAAGUGUUAAAGGGUUGGAAUGAGACGUCAAAAAAUUUAGAUUGUCUAAUCGAAGAAUUACCCACUUUCUCAGAGAAAUGUGAUGUAUUUAUAAAGUCCACUUUAUCUAUUCAAUCUUCAUCUCGUUUGAAUUCUCUAACUUUGAAAAAAUAUCAAGAGAUUCUCGAAAUAUUGGAAUUACCUCAACUUAUGGAAUCAUCAUUAAGGGACGAAAAGUACGAGGAUGCGUUGGAGUUAGCAUCUUACGUACAAAUGUUGGGAAUGAAGCAUAAAAGUAUUCCAGUUGUUAAUAACAUUGUCAAAAUUAUUGAAUCGUCAUGGCAAGUGAUGAUUUCUCAACUGCUAUCAGAAUUAAAAAACGACUUGACCUUACCAAAGUGCCUUCAAAUUGUUGGAUAUUUAAAGAGAAUGCAAGCAUUUUCACCAACAGAAUUAAAAUUGAAGUUCCUUCAAACUCGAGACUGUUGGCUCAAAUCCAUUUUACCAGUCACAAAAACAGAUAAUUAUCAGUAUUUAGCAAAGACUAUCGAGUUAACAAGAGUGAAUUUAUUCAAUAUUGUGACACAAUAUAAAGCAUUAUUUGAAGACGAUUUGAGUAAAGAGAGUUACUCAAAGACAAGCCUGAUUUUCUACAGUUGGAUUAAUGAAAAAAUAGACGAUUUUUUGCGGAUGUUAGAAAAUCAACUUAAUAAUUUAAAUGCAACUUUAGUCGACAUCAGCUCAAUAUUAGGACAGUGCAUGUACUUUGGCGUAUCGUUUUCUCGAAUUGGUGUGGAUUUUCGAGCGCAAUUAACUCACAUUUUCAUGAAAACGAUUACAAAAUAUCUAAAUGGAUCAGUCAUUGAAGCAACGAAGCAAUUUGAAAGGGGCAUGGAACAAUUUACUUUGAUUAACAAAGAUGUUUCAGGAUUUAGGAAACAUAGUAAUGAGAGCGGAUCUAACACAAACAUGGAAAAAGACAAAGCAACAAUUAUACCACCUGAAAAGUUGUUGGAUUUCCAUCCUCUCGCCGCUUAUUGUAAUGCUUUGCUAAACAUCUUCAAUGAGUUAAGAGUUUUUGUUCCAGUUUCGCUUUUAAACCCUUUUGUUUUAUCGUUGGAAGUUUCUUUAGAGAAUGUAAGUCGAGCCAUUCUUUCUUUCUAUAAAAGUGAACAGCAAGCAUUAGGUAAGAACGAAAGAGAAUGUUUUCUGAAAAUGUGUUCAUGUUUUGUAUUUGAAUUGGUUCCAUACAUCCAAAAUUGUGUAAAUUUAAUAUUUGCAAACAAUAGAUUAAAUCUUAAUGUUGAAAGCUUAACUAUAUUUAAAAGUGAGAAUAUUUUUGAGCCACUUAAGCAUUUACCUGAUCAGUUUGUGUUACUACCAGCAAAACAAUAAAUUGUAUAAGUGAAUGAAUAAUGAAAUGAAUAUAAAAUACGUAAAUAAAGAUAUUAUUAGAUAAAUAAUUGAGAUAUUGAAUAAUUCUCAAAGAAAAUCUCUGCGACUUCUUUCACCUUUUUUGAUAUUGUUUUUUCUAAAGUAGGUCGUAGCUCUGCUGUCACCAUUCGCCAGUUUUCAUUUAUAAAUUUAUUCAUUGAAUUUGUUAAUUCUUGUUCUCCAUUAAAUAGAUUUUCCAGGAAUAUGUUACCCGACCCAAUGUUAAAUUCAGAAGAAAUGAAAUCGAUUUGAUAAUAUUGUUGAGAGUUCCUUUCUACACGAUUAAUUUUCAUUGAUAAAACUCCAUCAAUAUCCAUAAAAAAAUUACCCGAAACAAGCACCUUUUCCAUUAAGAGGCAUCAUUAAAAGUUUCCCACGAAGCUCAUAAGUUGCAUUCAAAACCAAAUUGGGAAACCAAACUUUCAUUCUGAAUUUACCUGUAGUUAUGUUAGUUCUCACACUUCGCAACCUAAAUCUCGUUACACCUGAUAAUGAUAUAUUUUUAAAAGCAGCUGACAAUUCCAUUCCAUUUCCGGUUUGUUCAAUUUUAAUCUCAUCAACAAAUAAAGGUUCUAAUGAUGGUACGUUGAGUUCGGGAAUGCCUCUGUUCAAAUAUGGUCUCAAAGUUAUGAUUGAAUUUCGAAUGCAAUUGCCAAGUUGUGGAUCCGUUUGAUUGCAAAUUUUUAUGAAGGAAG